UACCAGUGGAAAGAGAUGAACGGGAAUAUGAAAGGAUCAGGAGGAGGGCCGUGCGGGGCGUGCAAGUUCUUGAGGAGGAAAUGCGUGGGAGGAUGCAUAUUCGCGCCGUACUUCGACGGGGAGGAAGGGACGUCGAGGUUCGCGGCCGUGCACAAAGUGUUCGGAGCGAGCAAUGCCUCCAAGAUGCUAAUGAAACUGCCUUCGAACAAGCGCCUGGACGCCUCCGUCACCCUCUGCUACGAGGCAUUGUCUAGGCUUCGUGAUCCUGUCUACGGCCCCGUCUCUCUCCUUUUCUCUCUUCAACACCAGGUGGUGAAAUUGCAAGCGGAACUCGCAUACAUUCAGGCACGUCUCUCCACAUUUCAGCGGUUUCCUCCGCAACAGCUGCACCCUUCACUGCAGAUACCACCGAGUCUCCGGUGGUCGUCGCCUUCGGACAUGACACAGCCAUCCUUACCGCAGGUGGUGGUCCCCAACAGUCAUUCUCCGACCGAUCCAUCAGACUUUGACUUGUGGGAAGAAGAUCCUCUGGCCAUAGAUGACAGGGCACUUCUUCAACAACAAGUGGCGACCCAGCUCACAGCCAUGAACUUCCCGGCGGCCAAAUUGCCGGCUUCCACUUCCGGUUAGGUCGUUAGGAUCUUGUUUAAUAGUU